CGUAUGUUUUCUUCAAUCGGUUUUCUUCGUCGUAUAGGUCUUUCCUCUGCUUCACUUUUCUUCCAGUACCAGCCGCCGCCGCUACCACCAGAUUCCGCCUUCCUUCUCGCCGGAAAUUUCUUCCUUCCGCUCCAACUCACCGCCAAAUUCCCUCCUCCAAAUUUCACUCUAUAGAAGCUGGUAUACUUGAUUCUUUACGAAGGAUGUUGCCAACUGAUGAGUUGAAAAGUAUAUCUUUUACCCGUUCUAUAAGGGAUGGAGAUUUAGUCAUUGUCUAUGAGAGACAUGAUAUCAUGAAGGCUGUGAAAGUAUGUGAUGGUUCAACACUUCAGAAUAGGUUUGGUGUGUUUAAACAUUCGGAUUGGAUAGGAAAGCCAUUUGGGUCCAAGGCGUUGAGUAACAAAGGUGGAUUUGUCUACCUGUUAGCUCCAACUCCUGAAUUAUGGACUUUGGUACUAAGCCACAGGACACAGAUUCUAUACAUUGCUGACAUUAGCUUUGUAAUCAUGUUCUUGGAAAUAGUUCCUGGCUGUUUAGUUCUAGAAUCAGGGACAGGCAGUGGAUCGUUGACAACCUCGUUAGCUAGGGCUGUAGCGCCUACUGGACACGUCUAUACGUUUGAUUUCCAUGAGCAGAGAGCUUCCUCAGCAAGAGAAGAUUUUGAGAAGACUGGCUUGACUAGCCUUGUCACCGUGGGAGUUAGAGAUAUUCAAGGUCAGGGCUUUCCUGAAGAGUUUGUUGGAUUGGCAGAUUCAGUUUUCUUGGAUCUACCCCAACCUUGGUUGGCUAUUCCUUCAGCUGAGAGAAUGUUGAAACAAGACGGCAUGUUAUGCUCCUUCUCUCCUUGUAUCGAGCAAGUUCAACGUUCGGUCGAAACUCUUCGAUCUAAGUUUACAGAUAUAAGGACAUUUGAGGUAUUGCUUCGGACUUACGAGGUUAAGGAAGGUAGAACAGAGAGUAACCAGGUUGAUGGGGGUGGUUCUGUUGGUCUUCCUCCAUGUAAGAGACGGCUGAGAUCGAAGGAGUCAGAUGACAUGGACAAUGAAUCUAGUACGACGGUCAUGGUUCGCCCAUGUAGUGAAGCCAGAGGUCACACUGGUUAUUUAACAUUUGCAAGACUUAGGUGUCUCUCAUGACAUUAAUGUACUUCUUGAUUUUCUUGAAAUGGAAAUUUAAAAUUUUGCAUUGUUUUAUGUCAUUUUGGAACCUCGGUUCCCAUUUUAGUUA